CAUCACCCACCUUGGAUGUUGCGCAAGACGAGAACGAUGUUCUUUUAAGUCAUGUGCCCGCCAAGGCUGGCAAACGUACGCGAAAAGUAUGGACUCACGAAAUGAAUACCUUCAUAUGGCGUACAUACCUACUAAUAACUGAACUUGAAACCAAAACUAGAACCUAUCUAACUAUCCUGCAUCAAAAAUUCAUAGAACAGUUUCCCGAAAUGACCGUAUCUAAACAAAGAGUAGGAGACCAAAGACGAGCAAUCUUACGCUGCAAAUUACUAGAUACCCAAACACUUACGAGAAUUCAAGCGGAAGUAGCAGACAUAUUGAAUAGCAGUACUGAAUAUGCAGGUCAACAAGCACAAGAAAAUACAACUAACACCAGAAUGCGAUGGAAUGAUGAAAUCAAUGAAACAAUUAUGAGAAUAUACUAUAAAAUAACUCAGAUGGAGACCAAUACGACAGGUUAUAGAAAAUUGUUACAUACACAAUUCAUUGAACAGUUUCCUCAAUUGGCGCAUAUUUCAGAACAGCGAGUUGCAGAUCAACGGAGGGUAAUUGUAAACAAUAAACUAAUUACACAUGCCAAGUUGGACGAAAUUAGAAAGGAAGUAGAAACAGAUCUCACAUUAAAUGGUAACAUAGAGCCACAACAAAGUUAUAACAAUACUACUGAAAAUCACACGUUAGAAUCAGAUGAACUAAAUAUAAAUAACACAACCACAACAGAAAACGAGACAAUUACCCAACACUUAAAUGCGUCAAGUCAUGAUAAUGAAGAACUUUCAGAGAGCAAUCAAGAGCCUGGUCCACGAACAAAUAGAUUCAAAGAUGAACAACUAAAUACAAAAAUUACUAUUACAUUUAAAACUGCCUUGAACACUUAUACAAACACAGAUCCAACCAAAAGACCACACAUACCAAAACAAAAAGUAACAAAAAAACUGAGAUACAUAGUUGAUUACAUAAAUACAGAAUUAAUACCAACACAUCUUACCAGUGAGGAUGAUUUUAUGACAACACAAACAGUAAUUUAUUGUGCAGCUUACGCUGCAGUUGUUAAUAAUGGAGCAAAGGUCUAUCAAAAUGACGGUAAUAAUAACCUUCCAAAGAAGAAUAGGAUGCCCUUCUGGCAAAAACGUCUGACAAAUAAAAUUGCUGAUUUCAGAAAGUAUAUAGGCCAAAUGACUGAAUUUAUAGGCGGUAAUAGAAGCUGGAGACUUAGUGCGCGUGUAUCCCGAAUUAGGCAAACAUUUUCCACUCAUUCCCGACAUGAAGAACCCAAUAAUAAUGAUCAACAAAUAUUAGACACGUUAAAACAGAAAUUAAACGCAGCUGUUAGUCGACUCAAGAGAUACAAUAAUUGUACGCUACGAAAGAAACAGAAUACAUUAUUUACAAACAAUGAAAAGCAGUUCUAUGGACAGAUAACUUUAGCAACACAAAAUACAAGCACAACUACUGAUAAUAAUACAACACCAACACAAGAAGAACUUAAGCAAUUCUGGUCAGGAAUAUGGGCAAACGCGGUUCAACACAAUUCUAAUGCGGAAUGGAUAAAGUUAGAGUCAGAUGAAAAUGGAUGCCUGCCACAAAUGGAAUUUGAUAGCAUUUCAAUAGAAACCCUUCUUAAAGUCAUCAACAAAACACAUAAUUGGAAAGCACCAGGUACCGACAACAUCCAAAACUAUUGGUACAAAAAAUUCACAAACACCCACCCCUCUUUACUUAAGCAUAUAAAUGAUUUUAUUCGCAAUCCGGAUUCAAUGCCUCCGUAUAUUACCCAAGGUUUGACUUACAUGAUCCCUAAAAGCGCAGAACAUCACGACCCUAGCAAAUAUAGACCAAUUACGUGCCUACAAACUAUAUACAAGAUUCUCACAUCAUGUUUAACCGAAAUUAUUUAUGGCCACGUAGUAGACCACAACAUUUUAGCUGAGGAACAAAAAGGUUGCAGGCGUAGUAGUCAGGGAUGCAAAGAGCAGCUUAUUAUCGAUUCCGUUGCUAUGAAGUUCGCCCUAAAAAAUAAAAGUGACAUAAGCACAAUGUAUAUCGAUUACCGAAAAGCAUAUGAUUCUGUCCCACACAGUUGGCUUUUAUUUGUAUUACAGAUGUAUAAGAUCCAUCCUACUAUUAUCUCAUUCUUAGAAAAUUGCAUGAGUACAUGGUCCACAAACCUUAAGUUAAAAACCAAUACAACACAAUUCAUCACUUCAAGUAUUCCUAUUAAGAGAGGCAUAUUCCAAGGAGAUGCUCUUAGCCCACUUUGGUUCUGCCUCGCUUUAAACCCACUGUCAAAUAUGUUAAAUAAAACAAGCCUAGGAGUUGAUAUGACACUACAACAGGACUCUAAUGCAAACACACCUGAGGACACCACAUUCAAAACUCUCACACACCUAAUGUACAUGGACGACAUAAAACUUUACAGUAAAAAUACACAUUCACUCCAUCAGAUAACACAAACCUUUUCAAAUGAUAUAGGCAUGGAAUUUGGAAUAGACAAAUGUAAAACAGUAACUAUAAUAAGAGGAAAAAUUGAAGAAAAAGAAUAUAUACUAGAAAACGGCAAUAAAAUUGAAGCUCUAGAUGCAAACAUAUCUGACCCCGAAAAAGCGUUCAUGUGGAAGCAAAAAUCUAUACAUGGCCGCCAUUACCACGAUUUGCACCAACUACAAGUCGACAAGGCAGCGUCGAAUGCAUGGUUGCAGCGUGGCGAAAUGUUCCCCGAAACGGAAGCUUUCAUGAUCGCUAUUCAGGAUCAAGUGAUUGACACCAAAAACUACCAGAAAUACAUCAUGAAGAAGCCGAAUAUUACAGAUACAUGCAGAAGAUGCCAUAGCAGCCCCGAGCACAUACAGCACAUUACAGGAGCGU